AUGAGAGCUCUCCUAAGAGAGUUACGAAAAGAUGAAGAAGAAGAAGAAGAAGAGAAAAGUAGAGCGGCAAAGCUCUCUCACUUGCGCAAACGAAAGGUUGAUGAGUGCGAGAGUCAACAAAUAAACCCUAAUCAUGAUGCUUCUUCUCCAAGUUUCUCCACAGUAGAGUCCAAGAGGCGUCUUGUGGUUCCCAACGAACCGAUCAGAGCUGCAGAACCGGUUAGAGAAAGAAAACCUCCGGUUAAAAGAAAGCCGCCGGUUAGACAGCCGGUCAUCAGAAGAGAGAGGGGUGUGACGCCGGAAUGGCUGGUUAACCUAAUGAGAGAAGAGAACGGUGUUGAUGCGAAGCUCAUCAUUGAAAAGGAUCUUAUGAAGAGUGAUCUCGCAACAAACCUAACACGUCUCUUGAUUCCAUGGAACCAAGUCGUGGAGAGGGACUUCUUGACCGAGGAAGAGCAGAGAAACAUAGAUGACCAUUUCAACAAGAGGCGUCAGACAGGAGUGGAUGUGAUCUUGGUUGAUUCUAAGGGUGGAAAAUGGGAUCUUAACCUCAGGAGAUGGGAUAUGAAGAGCAUUUCCAACUACGCCUUGAUUACCGGAUGGAGGAAGGUCUGUCUCCAUAACAGGCUAAGGUUAAACCAGAAGAUUCACCUCUGGUCCUUCCACUCCAAAGGCAGGCUCUAUUUUGCUCUCGUUCCUCCAGCUCCAGCUCCAGGCCCAGCUCCGGGUCCGGUUAGGAUUCCAGCUCCCGCUAUGGAUCAUGCUCAAGCUCCAGGUCCGGUUAUGGCUCCAACUCCGGCUAUGGCUCAAGAUCUGGAACCAGUUCUGGAUGCAGCUUCAUCUUCAGCUCAGGCUCCAGUUGUAACUAGAAAUUCUGACGAGCUAUAUAUAGUUGACGCUAGUCUAGAGGUUGAUGAGGAGAGUCGCAGGAGGAUAUUUGUUGACUUUCCAAGAAGAAGCAGAAGCACUAGAGUUGAGGUCCCAGCUCCAGCUCCAACUGACUCUAGCAACUUCGGCCAAAGCAUAGGCGAGGAUUUAGAUAACGUCAAAAGAUCUCCUGAAGUGGAUGUUAAUGUGGCUUAUAAUCUACACAUUUUGGCUUUAGCGGCCGAUAUGUGGAAGGCUUGA